AUGUCGUUCCCUUCAAUAUCAUGUAAAGAUCAUACAAUUCUCAUUCUUCCAUUUACGCAUUCGCUUCUUCUUUCGCCCGAAACACUUAUCUCCACAAUCCUAUCAACGCUACCUACUUCAAGUAAGAAGUCAUUCACGGUGGUAUUCACUUCACCGACAUCUCCACAACUAUACGGCUCUCUACUCCAGACACCUGUAAAACACUUUGACAUCUUCCAGUCAUUCCUGGGGCGAAUCUACGCAGCUUUAGCUACUGCUCAAUUGAAUGCUGGGAGGGUAUUGAUGGAUGUCGAAGUACAUUUUGACGGGGAGAAUGGACCAUGGGCAGAGAAGUUGUUCCAUGGACGGGAAGUAGAAGACUAUCAGAUCUUAGUCAUAGAAGGUGUAAUAUUACCUACUCAAGUAAAAUCAAUCAUAAACUCAAUACCGCAAACGGUACUUCCUCCUAUACCCGUACAUGAUCAAAAGCCAGAUACGACGGCGGAUUCGACAUCCCCCUCUCCUGCAGUGGUGGCUUUAGGGGGAACGUUUGAUCAUUUACAUGCAGCUCAUAAAUUAUUACUUCAUUCAUCAUUAUUCUUAUCAACCAGGAAAUUGAUUGUUGGUUUGGUGUCAGAUUCACUUUUGACUUCGAAAUCGCAUCAUGAAUUGGUCCAACCUCUAGCCGAACGGAAAUUCGCAGUAGAAAGAUUCCUGCAACGUAUAGGAGGCGGUAAAGUUACAGGAGAAGGAGAAAGUGAACAAGAAGGGGUAGAGCUGGAUAUAGGAGAAAUUCACGAUGGUUUAGGUCCCACUCGAUACGAUCCAGAUAUUCACGCUUUAGUAGUAUCGAAAGAAACUUUUUCGGGGGGUCAACUGGUCAAUAAUACAAGAAAACAAAAUGGUUUGAACGAGUUAGACAUUUUCGUGGUAAAUGUUAUUUCUGAUAAAGAUCAAUUGGGAUCACAGUUGGAAUCAGAAUUAGAUGAAAAGAAAUUGAAAGAGUUGAAAAUGGGUAGUACAGGUAUAAGAAAUUGGAUAUAUCAACAAUCUCAAUUAGACUCGCAGUCAACAUAA